UGGUCCAAUCUUCAGUCAUCCAAGAAGCAAUCUUCAAAACGUGAACAAGAAACAAGAAGUAUAGUAGUAAAAACUAAAAAAAAAUGUUCAAGUUCGUAGUACUGACAUGUCUAAUUGGCAGCGCAUUGGCGAAACCAGGAUUUUUGGCCGCGCCACUUGUUGCCGCACCGGUGGCGCCCGUUAUCGCAACGCCUGUCAUUCACUCUGCGCCCCAUGCAAUCAUUAAAACAGCGCCCGUUAUCGCUGCGCCGACAUUCGUCAAGGCCACGCCGCUAAUUGCUCCUGCGCCAAUUAUCAAGACUGCUCCAUUGGUGGCUCACGCUCCUAUUUUGGCGACGCCGCUUCUCAAGACGCACAUCAUUGCUCCUGCGCCCAUUGUCGCGAGUCCUGCCUUCAUUAAAACUGCGCCACUAGCCGUCAUUCACUGAUUUCUCAUUUUUCAUUACGCAAAUAAACAAAAAAAAAAAAAAUCAUCAACACUCCAUAGGUAUAAA